CGGGCAUCGGACAAGUCGCCUGUAUUUUCGACAAGCCCGAAAGAACGGAAUUAUAAAUACCUACCGUUGCGAUUCGUAUUGCGGGUGACCACCGUAUACAGGGCGUUGCCGCAACUGGUGAAGCGGCGGAAAAUGAGCUCCAAGGCGGACGGUGCCGUGUUUCGGGAAUCGUUGUGCGCCGAUACGCCGUCUAUCCCGAACAAAUACAUAUAUGACCUCCUCGGAUCCAAACUGUUCGACGCCAUUUGUUACACUCCAGAAAAUUACCUGACGAGGACCGAGGCGGCAAUUUUCGACCGGCAUUCCGAAGAGGCGGCCGGCACCGAUACCACUCUGAUUGAGCACGGAGCGGGAAACUGCGCCAAGGCCGCGCGGCUGAUCCCGUAUAUUAGACCCCACCAAUACGUGCCCAUCGACAUUUCGACGGAGUUCCUGGAAGAAGGGGUGGGUAACCUGCGAUCCGCGUUCCCGGCGCUCGAAUCAAAAAAGUAA